CGGCGCGGCCCGCCCGGCGCGGCGGUAGAGGCGGUGGGGCCGGGCCGGCGGUCGCGCAGUAGCGUCUCCCGCGCCGCCCGCGCCGGCGAUGUGAGGGCGGCGGCGGCGGCAGGAGGAGCGCGGCGCGGAGCGGAAGGCGGGCGGGCCCCGGGCGGAAGCGGGCCGGGCCCGGCGGCGAGGGGCAGCAGCGCGGCGCCGGCGGGGGCGGCCGGGCGCGGGCGGGCGUGCGUGCGAUGGAAACGCACAUCUCGUGCCUGUUCCCCGAGCUGCUCGCCAUGAUCUUCGGGUACCUGGAGGUGCGCGACAAGGGCCGCGCGGCGCAGGUGUGCACGGCCUGGCGGGACGCCGCCUACCACCGCUCGGUGUGGCGGGGCGUGGAGGCCAAGCUGCACCUGCGCCGCGCCAACCCCUCGCUCUUCCCCAGCCUGGCGGCGCGGGGCAUCCGGCGGGUGCAGAUCCUGUCGCUGCGGCGCAGCCUGAGCUACGUGGUCCAGGGCAUGGCGGACAUCGAGAGCCUCAACCUCAGCGGCUGCUACAACCUCACCGACAACGGGCUGAGCCACGCCUUCGUGGCGGAGAUCAGCUCCCUGCGCUCGCUCAACCUGAGCCUCUGCAAGCAGAUCACGGACAGCAGCCUGGGCCGCAUCGCCCAGUACCUCAAGGGCCUGGAGGUGCUCGAGCUCGGAGGCUGCAGCAACAUCACCAACACCGGCCUCCUGCUCAUCGCCUGGGGCCUGCAGCGCCUCAAGAGCCUCAACCUGCGCUCCUGCCGGCACCUCUCCGACGUGGGCAUCGGGCACCUGGCGGGCAUGACCCGCAGCGCGGCCGAGGGCUGCCUGGGCCUGGAGCAGCUCACGCUGCAGGACUGCCAGAAGCUCAGCGACCUCUCGCUCAAGCACCUGGCCCGCGGGCUGGGCCGCCUCCGCCAGCUCAACCUCAGCUUCUGCGGGGGCAUCUCGGACGCGGGGCUGCUGCACCUGUCGCACAUGAGCAGCCUGCGGAGCCUCAACCUGCGCUCCUGCGACAACAUCAGCGACACGGGCAUCAUGCACCUGGCCAUGGGCAGCCUGCGGCUGUCCGGCCUCGACGUCUCCUUCUGCGACAAGGUGGGGGACCAGAGCCUAGCCUACAUCGCACAGGGCCUCGACGGGCUGCGCUCGCUGUCCCUCUGCUCCUGCCACAUCAGCGACGAGGGCAUCAACCGCAUGGUGCGGCAGAUGCACGGGCUGCGCACCCUCAACAUCGGCCAGUGCGUCCGCAUCACCGACAAGGGCCUGGAGCUCAUCGCCGAACACCUCAGCCAGCUCACGGGCAUCGACCUCUACGGCUGCACCCGCAUCACCAAGCGGGGCCUGGAGCGCAUCACCCAGCUGCCCUGCCUCAAGGUGCUCAACCUGGGACUUUGGGAAAUGACUGAGAGUGAGAAGGUCAGGUGAGAGGAGGAGGAGGGUGCCCCGAGACCUCCAUCUCCUCUGGAGGGACUCACUGACUGACUGACUGACUGCUGCAGAGGAGGAGAGAAAGAGAGAGGGGCAUGCACAGAGACAUGCUACCCACGCACUCUGGCACCGCAGGGAGGAACACAGAAAGAGGGUAUAUCCUCAACCCUUCUGUGCUGCCUACCUAUCCUUGCUGUGGAGGAGGAGGAGGAGGAAGGGGGACCAGGAGGACAGAGAGAAAGCACCUAUCCAUUUUCCAGGUCAUGCCUCAAGCUCCGUGCUAGGGAGACAGAGCUCUCUCCCUUCCCACAGCAUCCUUCCCUGCGGAAGAGGUAGAAACCCACACUUAUGCACUGGGGCUAGAGACACCCCUCUUUAUCCCCACUCCCACAUUCCAUCCCCUCAAGCACUAAGGAUGGAUGAAGAAAGACCCUUGUUCUGCCAGGUAUUCAGAAUAGAUUAUUUUUGGUUUAUAUAAAGGAGAGUGGAAAUGGAGAUGGGAACAAAAAAUAUUUAACAGCAGCAAAGGCUUCCUAGCUACACUUGUGUACCCAGCCACCCAGUCAUCCUGCGCUGGGCACAGACAGAGCUUUUGAUAAAACAACCAUUCCACCUCUGUGCUUGCCCCUCCCCUGUCAACACAUUUGUGACAGAAAUACUGCUCCCUAGGUACAUUGAUUUUUUUUUUUUUUCCCCUUUUAAAUCUCUCUUCAGUCUCCAGUUUCAUGUUAUUCUCUGCUGUGGGUGGAUACAACCUCCCACUAUUCCAGUUCUCCACUGCACUGAGACUAGCGAUAGCUACAGCCUCCCCUUUUGUCAGUAUGUUUCCAUGUCAUCCUGCACUAUGGGUAAUGGAAAAGUCCAGGCACUCUAGUCUCUCUCCCCAUCUCUCCACUGGAGAUGAAUACACCACUUCCUCCUUCUCCUGUCUCUGGGGGGACUGGACACAGACCCCACUCUCUUAAGCCUUCCCAUGCACUGGGGGACUCUGAGAGUUACUGAGACUUGUCUUCCCUUUCAUCAUUCUCUCUUUUUCUCCCCUCCUCCUCCUUGGCAACAGGGAUAGACAUAUCCAGCCACAUAUCCAUUCCUCUCUGGGUUGGGGGUGAACAGGUAGAGGGGAGUUCUAGCUCCGCUCUACCUGGGGGACAUGAGGAAGAAUCUCCAGCUUCAUUUCUGCUUCAUUUGAGAUACUGUGACCUGUUUUUAUUUUGAAAUGCAUAAAAAAAAUUACUGCUACAAAAACAGCCUCUUACUCUCCCAUCUAUCCCUUGCUUACAUCCUGUAAUUGAUCCCAGUUUUCCUCACUCAUUCUCCCCUUUACAGUAUUCAUUUUCUUACAUGGUUUUAUUUUUAAAGACAUAUGAAGUUGCUGUUCUUGUGGAUUUUUAAGUACUUUUUUUUCUGCUGAAUAUAUUCUAUAUAUAUAAAUAUAUAUAUGAUGUCUGGCUACCUCGUUUUAAUUUGUUACUUUUUUUUUUCCUCCUCAAAAGCCCUGGAAUUCUUACAGGAAAGAGAUUUUGAGACUGAAACAUUUUUGUGCCUAGACUGGAAUAAUACCCCUUGGGUUUGUUCUUAUUUUAUCCCCUCCUCUGCUCCCACCCCUUUUUUAAAUUUUUUUUUUUUUAAUCUUUCAUUUUUGUUUUUAGGCUUACCCUACUGUGUCCCACCUCCACAUUCUGGUUGUGCCUCUCCCUCCCUCUUCACUGGGAACUGGGGACCCAAACUGUGCUUCUGCAUUUUUACUCUUCUAGCACAAACAUGUAACGUGAGAAUCCACACUGAGCAUCGGGCUACCGUUAACAGAAAUGUGUAAAAUGCAAGUUUGUUUAAAAAAUUAUAUAUAUAUGGAUAUAUGCAAGUGCUUUCCCCUCCCCUCCUAAGCCACCUACAAAAGGUCACUAUGCCAGGCUUCCUGCUUGUAGGUGGAGAGGAGCAGAGCUGGCCUAAAGGCCCCAGGGCUGCCAUGUGAAGGGGAGGAGACUGAAGUUCAUCUGUCUUAUCUCUGUUCUGUCAAUAAAUGGAGCUGGGUCUUUAGAUUAUUUUUUAAUUAUUAUUUGAAAGAGGAAGAGUAAGUUUGGGUUUUGUUUUUGUUCUGUUUUGAUUUUUUUUUUGUUUUGUUUUGUUUUUAAAUAUCUUGGCUUUUUUUUUGCUUAUCUGUUCAAAAUCUCAAAUCCUCCACAGUAACAGGCCAGACCACGGAGUUAACACAAACCCGGAGACCCCUAUGGAUUAAUUGUACUGUUUGUGAAUUUGUAUAAAAAAAAUAACAAAGAUCCUCUUAAAACAUUUUAUAUUCUUACAGUAAAAGGUUAAACAUAUUUAUAUAAUAAAAGAGGAAAUAUGAAGUAUGUUUUUGAAAAAAAAAA